AUGACACUUUGUGCAACAAAUUUUGCCAAUAAAGUGAAGAAUCCUUUCAAUGGGGAACCUAUCAAACUCCCAGACAAUUUGGAAAGCUUGCCAAGAGCUGACAGUUUCCCGUCACAGCGGCAUCGUUGGAAUACAAAUGAGGAAAUCGCGGCGAUUCUUAUCAGUUUUGAUAAGCACAGCGAAUGGCAAUCGAAAGAAGUCAAAACAAGACCUAAAAGCGGCUCUAUGCUUUUGUAUUCCCGCAAAAAAGUGCGCUACCGACGUGAUGGCUACUGUUGGAAGAAGCGUAAGGAUGGGAAGACAACGCGUGAGGAUCAUAUGAAACUUAAAGUACAAGGCACUGAGUGCAUCUACGGUUGCUAUGUACACUCCGCUAUUUUACCAACAUUUCAUCGCAGGUGUUAUUGGUUGUUGCAGAAUCCGGAUAUAGUGUUGGUACAUUACUUAAACGUACCUUAUCCUGAUGAUAACAAAAUGGCUGUUUUGGCACCAAGUAUUACACUCUGGGGUGACAAGAAAGAAUGGACUAAAGAGGAACUCGUUAGUCAAUUGAAGCCAAUGUUGUCAACAGUAACUUCAGAUGAUGAUUCCGAUUCCGGCAAUGAUAUUGAAAUAUCUCAUGCCGAAACCGUUGAAACGAUUGUCUGUCAGUUAAUGGAGAAACAACGAAUAUCACGUCAAGCGGCGCUUGUUAAACAGUUAGACUGUGGUUGUGGUGAUGCAUCAUGUGCCGAUGGCAAAACAUGCUCACAUCCAGUAAUGCGUAGACCUAAUCUGUUAAAGUCUGCAUCAGAAAGAAGAGUAAACCUUAAUGAUAACUAUAAUCAAGCCGUAAAUGGUACUCCGAAUGUGGUUGUAGGCCCCAAACUUUAUUCCCGCUGGUCGGAACGUCGUACUCGUGAUUCAAAUUCGUUGGACAAUCAACAGUAUCAUGCACAGCAAUUAGCGCAAGAAUCUGCAAUUAAAUUUCAAAUCAUUCCACCACAACAUAACGAACAAUCCCAACAGCAACAACAACUUGCUGUAUAUCAACAACAACAGCAGCAACAACAAGUUUAUCGUCAACAAAGUCUAAAUAGCACUCAUCAGUUAUUAGCUACUAGGAGCAAUCUAAUAGUACACCAACAUCAACAGCAAACACACCAACAACAACAGCAGCAGCAACAACAUCAGCUUCAACAACUCAAUCAAACUGGCUUCAAUCAAGCAGUAACCACAACGUCAACAAUUAUCAGCAGCAAUAAUAAUAAUAAUAAUCAAAUAAAUUUGCAACGAUUUGUCGCAAAUCAUAAUAGCAACAGCAGCAGCAACAGCAACAAUAAUAAUAAUAAUUCACUUAUGAAUAAUAGAUUACAAAUUGCCCGUACAACAAUAACAACGACGAAUGGGAAUGGUCUGGGUAAUGGAGUUGCAACGCAAUUGGAUAACGGAGCAACAGUGAAUGAUGCUGAAAUAAUUGAAAAUGAAAACCACAUGUCAACAAAUUUUAAUGCAACUAAAAUUAACCGCAAUACAAAUUGCAACAACAGCAACAACAACAAUAAUAAUAAUCACCAAUCCAACAACUUACAAUUGAGUAUAGUCACACAACAACAGCAACAACAACAAAGUGAUAAUUUAAAUGCUAUUAAUAAUAACAGUAAUGUCAGCAAUAAUAGUAAUUACAAUUACAAUCACAACCAACAACAUCGCAAUCAAACACAACAACAAUUCUUUAGAUUACAACAAAACCAAACUACAAGUGAUAUAAAAAUAUCUCCUCAGCAAUUACACCAACAACAACACCCAAAAUCACAACAACAAACAUCACAAAUGUCUCAUACAACAACAAACUCAUCCUCAUCCACCGUCGAACCGAUGUGUAUGUCACCAGAACAUCAUCCUUCACCACCACUACAUAGCACUUCAGACAACAAUCACAGCAACAACAACAACACAAAUAGCAACCCUUUGGUACAUUUCUCAUUUUCAACUUCACCAUCACAAUCACAAACAACAACAACAUCGAACUCAAAUCCAACACUAGCACAUUCCUUAAUGGAUGGUAAUCAUGUCAAUCCUAAACAAUCCACAACAAUAAAUUCCGACAGUACAGUAACCACAUCAGCCGAUGAAAAUCUAAUUAGUUCACAUGGCACAGUUAUGAGUGGUGAAAUGACUGCCAGCAAUGUUGAUGAUGAGAAUGCUAACAAUCAAACAGUGGAGAUGUCAACAAAUGACAACAAUGGCAAUCAACAUUUGAAUUCUUCCAAUAUCAAUAACAACAAAAACCAAAACAAUAUCAACAACAAUAAAAACAACAAUCAGCCAACAGAGUACAAUAGCAGCAAUAGCAGCAACAAAUCAUUAAAUGGUUGUGCGAAACUAGGUGCUUCCAGCAACAUUUCCACUGUGGAUUGCAACAACAGCAACAGCAGCAACUCUAGUGUUGAUCACCCAGGUAAUGAUGGGAGAACAGAGCAAAAUUCAGUAGAAUUUAUUGAAACUAUGGAUAUGAACAAUGGUAACGAACAGCAACUCACUGAGCAUACGUCACAUGAAUUGCAGGAGUCGUUAGGUUUUUUCAACGAAACCCUUGAUCUAUCACAAGAAGAUAUACAACGCACACUUAUUGCUAAUAUGCCAUUUAGCAAUGGAAGUGUUAAACAACAGAAUUCAACAUUACUUAUGGGUACUAGUAUAUGCAUAGAAAACAAUGAAAGUGAAAUACCGGUGACAAGUGUCACUGGUGGUGAUGACGAAGAUGCUGAGGAUGUUUUUGCUAAUUUAGAUGCAUUCGAUAUGUUAGUUGAAUUUCCUGAAUUAGAUUUGGAUGACAAGCAAGCUUUAAAUAAUACUGCAUUGGGUCAUACAGUUGUUCUAACCACAAAUGAUAUCAAUAGAGGCGAAGAAGUGAACAUAGUCGCUAGAGAUGCAGUAUUGCAACGAGAUUUACAAUAUCAUGAAACUGAUAGUCAUGACACACAUGCAGUAGUGAAACAGCAAUGCAAUAAAAAAUUGUUAAAUAUUUGUGAUUUUAGUCCGGAAUGGUCUUAUCCCGAGGGCGGCGUUAAAGUGUUAGUGGCUGGACCAUGGACAGCAGCUUCAACCUACACUGUGCUAUUUGAUGCACAGCCAGUACCGACUGUUUUAAUACAAGAAGGUGUACUACGUUGUUAUUGUCCAGCACAUGAAGUUGGUUUUGUGUCAUUGCAAGUAUCUUGUGAUGGCUUUGUGAUAUCAAAUGCAGUCAUGUUUGAAUAUAAAAUGUCUUAUUGUCAAGAGGCACAAUACGAUGUUACUUCCAAUGAUUGUCUUUAUAAAUUUUCUUUAUUGAAUCGUUUAACGUCCAUUGAAGAAAAAUUGCAAAUCAAAACAGAAAGUGGAAUUGUGAAUGAACAACACGCUUUCUACAUGCAAACUAACUUUGAGGAGAAGCUUAUCAAUUAUUGUCAUCAAUUGACGAAACGUACUUGGCCUGUAAAUACCAACAGUAAUUGGAAUAAUAGUUUCAAGGGAAUGACACUUUUGCAUUUAGCUUCAGCACUCGGCUAUGCUAAAUUAAUGUGUGCUAUGCUAAAUUGGCGUUCAGAGAAUCCAAAUAUUAUUUUAGAAACCGAAAUUGAUGCACUUAGUCAGGAUAUACAUGGCAAUACACCAAUGGCUUGGGCUUGUGCAAGAGGACAUAUCGAAACCGCUACAAUUUUAUAUAAGUGGAACCACAAUGCACUUAAAAUUAAAAAUAAUUUACAACAAUCUCCAUUGGAAAUAGCUACCGCUAAAGGUCACAAACAUUUAUUAGCUGAAAUUUAUCGCUUAGAAAAUGAGAGACGUAGGAAUCAAAACAGUGGAUCAUUAAGCAGUUUAUCUUUGAACUUAACAAAAUAUAUUAUCAAUGACAUAGAAUCCAAAACAUCGAAUCCAAACGAAGAGUUAUUUGAAUUUAAAGAAGAACACAUAUUUCCAACCUAUGAUACCAUUGAGACACAUAAAAGUCAUGAUGGUGUCUUUUUAAGACCAGUAGCUCUAGCAAGCAAUCAAAGUCCGCCAAACAAUACACGUUAUUCAAAACGAUCUUCCAUUGACAGUGGUAUCAAUAUGGAUAUCAGAACCAAACCUGGAAAGUCCUUUAAAGAUGCUAAUAAGUUACAUAGCUUUGAUGCUCAUGACAAUUAUGGCUUAGAAUCUCCAUUGGAUUCUUUAACCGGUACGAAUACAACGAAUUCACUUUUAUCGCCUUUGAGGAAAAUGGAUUUUGCUUUAUGCGAAGUUUCUACUGGCGAUUCAAGUCCUUUACCCGAUAAAGAUCACGAUGACACUUCAACGAUUAAUAAUGAUGAUAUAACCGAUGUAACAAUCGGUAAUGAGACCGAUGUUAUUGUAGGGGACUCUGAUGCAAAGGUGCUGACAUUAGCUGAGCAUAUAAUAGCCGCUAUGCCAGAACGUAUAAAGAAUGAAGCUGAUGAAAUGAUGGUGCUUGGCAGUCCAAUGACUGAACCACUUAAUACUGAAACUUCCGGUUUAAAUGAUAAUUUUAUGGAUACACUUUUAGACUCUUUACCGAAUACACAUUUCGAUAGUGAUUUUAGCUUUGAAUAUAAUAACUGUGAUUAUCGUUAUCAUGAUGUCAGCACACCUUGCUCAAGUUUAAGUCCAGCAAGCUCUGGACCUUUACAAUCACCAGCAAGUUACUCCAUACUUGGUCAUGAUCCUUCAGUUAGUUCACCAAGUCCACCACCAUCAACAAAACAAUUAACAGAAUUUCUUAAUGCUUCAAGUAGUAAUCAAUAUCCAUUUGAGGCUGAUUUUUCAAAACUAACACUGACCGAUACAGAACAACGUGAAUUAUAUGAAGCCGCCAAAUGUAUACAAAAAGCAUAUCGUUCAUAUAAAGGUCGCCAGAAACUUGAAGAGCAAAACAAAGAACGUACAGCUGCAAUUGUUAUACAAAACUAUUACCGUCGUUAUAAACAAUAUGCAUAUUAUAGACAAAUGACCAAUGCAGCAUUAGUUAUACAACAUGGUUAUCGAUCAUAUCGUCGUAAUAAACGCUUUAAAAAAUCCAAAUCGUCCACAACGAGUUCAUUAACUAAUCUGGGCAGCCAACAUAGCAACAAUUCACAAUGCUUGUCCAGCUUUUAUGAUCAUUAUAAAAAUGAUCAACAACAAGAAUAUUGCUCCUCGCAACCAAGUACACCAAAAGAAACUAGUCCUUCGGGACCACUUAAACGAACUUAUUCACAAUCAACACAGAAUCAAGCUGCCAGAAAAAUUCAACAGUUCAUGAGACAAUCACGAAUUAACAUUUGGGAUGGAAAUACAACUAUAUUGACUGCAGAGAGAACGAGCCGAAAAAGAGAAGCUGGUGCACCAACGCCGGGAGGAGUACCUUCAAAGCUUGCAGUAUCAAGGACAAGUGGAAAUUGCUUAUCAACGAGAAAGAAGUGAGCAACGUUAAGAAAAUAAAUCCAAAGAGCUUUUAAAAAAUCAACUUCGUGAGUUCAGCCAUACGUGCUAAACAAAACCAAAAAAAAAAAACUAAUAAUGAAAGAAAAAAAAUUGAACAACACUUUUUUUUAAAACUUAAUUAUACAUAUAUAUUCUUCUAAAAUAAUUAUACUAACUCCUAUGAUUUUAUAUAGUGAAUUUUAAUAGCUUUACUGAAUUGAGUGAAAAUUUUUAUAAAUAAUUAAUAUAUUGAAUU